AUGAUAAUUGUCAAAAGUGCUUGGCGAAAACACAUUUUCAUUCUGGAUUCCCAAAAGAGGACUUACUUAGAUAUCUACAAGAUGGAUCUGGCGGAGACAAUGAAGAACGUUUUAGCGAAGAGCGGCGGCAGCGCUACAAGUACCGCUAGCGGUUCCACCUCUGCUACACCUCACGGCGCUGAGGGCUACGUUACGGAAAAGCUUUAUAUGUUAUUACAGCUUUAUUUACAAAACAAAGGCUGGAGUCCUAGUAUCGAGCUUUUACAAUGUUUCAGCGAUCUCAAAGAGUCUUCCAUGCUUCCAAGUGCAACUUAUUUACAAAUGAUGGCCUCAAGGGUUGGUUUAGAUGCUCAAGGGCGUUUAAUAUAUAGAGAAAAUGGCAAAAUAAUACUUCCAUAUGAGCAUUUUGCAAAUGCUGUUAUGUUAAAGCAUAUGAAUGGUCCUCAUGGUUUACAUCUUGGAUUAGAAGCUACCGUCAGAGCAGUGGUAGAGUCUUAUACAAUUGGUAGAGAACAAUUUGGUAUGGAAAAAGAGUUUAUUGUAGAAGUUGUACAGAACUGUCCAAACCCAGCAUGCCGCUACUAUAAAAAUCAACUGGAAAUGACUCAGAAAUCAAUACAGCAGCACUUAUCCCAACAGCCUACUUAUAUUCCAGAUGCCGGUAGUUCCAAUCUAUCAGACAGUCAGGCCGUAGAACGGCUUUUGCGGGGUGCAGCAUUACCUCAAGAUUACCAACUGCCCCUCGCACCCCACCUUGCUGCUCUCAGUGAGUUGUUAACAAACCUAGCUGGUGAUAAAACAGAUAGACGUGCUGCGGAGAAGUUGACGCAGCAUCAGCAAAUGCUACUUCAGCACCAGAAUAGAUCAAUGAGCCACCAGUCUUCAAUCGACAAAUAUUCACAACGCUCCUCUUCAUCACAGUCUAAUUUGGACUCUAAGUCUAAGCAUCACUACACUGAUGAUCAUAAGCUUACAGACUUCUUGAGAGCGAAUCUAGAAAGCCUGGAGUGUUUGUCUGGUGGCGGCGGAGAGAGAUCGAGUAGUAGCUCGGGGGGCGGGCAGGAGCGUGUGGUUCGCGCUUUCGCGGAACUUGCCAGGAACCUUCAGCGCAUGCGGCCAUGCGUCCGCCCAGCCAUGUGCAAGCCAUAUGGGAAGCAGAGUGAACAAUUGCAGAAAAUACUUCUGGACACAAUUCAGUUGGUACAGUCGUUAAGGAGUUAUCUGCCUCCACCGCACAUACAAGUCACAUCCUGGAAGAACGACGACAAACUGCGUACCAACAACAUGGACGACUUGGAAGGACGUAAAAUUGUGAGUGGCAACUAG